AUGACCAGUCUAAUAGAUUUGGGCAGAUAUGUUGAAAGAACGCAUCAUGGAGAAGAUACAGAGCCAAGAUCGAAAAGGGUAAAAAUCGCAAAACCUGACUUGUCUUCCUUCCAACCAGGCAGCAUUAUUAAGAUCCGUUUACAGGAUUUUGUUACUUACACUUUAACCGAAUUCAAUCUUUCACCGUCUUUAAAUAUGAUCAUUGGGCCAAACGGAUCUGGAAAAUCUACUUUCGUAUGCGCAGUGUGUUUAGGAUUGGCUGGUAAACCCGAGUAUAUUGGUAGGAGUAAAAAAGUGGAAGAUUUCAUCAAAAAUGGUCAAGAUGUUUCAAAAAUUGAAAUCACCUUGAAAAAUUCACCAAAUGUUACUGAUAUUGAAUACAUAGACGCACGUGAUGAAACAAUAAAGAUUACCAGGAUUAUUACGAGAUCCAAGAGGAGAUCGGAUUAUCUAAUAAAUGACUACCAGGUAUCUGAGAGUGUAGUUAAAACUUUAGUUGCUCAGCUGAACAUUCAGUUGGAUAAUCUUUGUCAAUUUUUAUCUCAAGAGCGUGUUGAGGAGUUUGCUCGCUUGAAGUCAGUUAAAUUAUUAGUAGAGACUAUAAGGUCAAUCGAUGCAAGCUUAUUGGAUGUGUUGGAUGAACUAAGGGAAUUACAAGGAAAUGAGCAAAGCUUGCAAAAAGAUCUCGAUUUUAAAAAAGCUAAAAUUGUUCAUUUGAGACAAGAAAGUGAUAAACUACGUAAAUCAGUUGAAUCUUUACGAGAUUUUCAAAAUAAGAAGGGUGAAAUCGAGUUACACUCCCAACUAUUACCUUAUGUGAAAGUAAAGGACCAUAAAGAAAAGCUAAACAUAUAUAAAGAAGAAUACGAACGAGCGAAAGCGAACUUAAGGGCUAUACUGAAGGAUAAAAAACCAUUUGCAAAUACUAAGAAGACUUUGGAAAAUCAGGUGGAAGAGUUAACAGAGAAGUGUUCCCUAAAAACUGAUGAGUUCCUGAAAGCAAAAGAAAAGAUCAACGAAAUCUUCGAAAAAUUAAAUACUAUUAGGGAUGAGGUCAUCAAAAAGAAAAACCAGAACGAAUAUUAUAGAGGAAGAACCAAAAAACUACAGGCCACCAUUAUUAGUACAAAGGAAGAUUUUCUAAGGAGUCAGGAAAUAUUAGCACAAACACAUCUUCCUGAGAAAAGCGUAUUUGAAGAUAUAGACAUUAAAAGAAAGGAAAUUAUUAAUAAAGAAGGCGAAAUUAGGGAUCUUAUUUCCGAAAUUGAUGCGAAGGCGAACGCUAUUAAUCAUGAGAUGAGAAGCAUACAGAGACAAGCUGAAAGCAAGACCAAAUCCCUUACAACAACUGAUAAAAUCGGUAUCUUAAAUCAGGACCAGGAUUUAAAGGAGGUCCGUGAUGCUGUGUUGAUGGUUAGAGAGCAUCCAGAAAUGAAAGAUAAAAUUCUAGAACCGCCAAUAAUGACCGUGUCUGCCAUUAACGCUCAAUUUGCUGCAUAUUUAGCACAAUGUGUGGAUUAUAAUACGAGUAAAGCCUUGACUGUUGUUGAUUCUGAUUCUUACAAGCUAUUUGCAAAUCCAAUUCUUGACAAAUUCAAGGUUAAUUUGAGAGAACUCUCCAGUGCAGACACCACCCCUCCUGUACCAGCGGAAACGGUGAGGGACCUGGGAUUUGAGGGUUAUCUAUCCGAUUUUAUUACCGGUGAUAAGAGGGUUAUGAAAAUGCUUUGUCAAACUAGCAAAAUUCAUACUAUACCGGUAUCAAGAAGGGAAUUGACGCCUGCUCAGAUAAAGAAGUUGAUUACACCAAGACCGAAUGGGAAAAUUCUUUUUAAAAGGAUUAUUCAUGGGAAUAGGUUAGUCGAUAUCAAGCAAUCAGCAUAUGGUAGUAAGCAGGUCUUUCCUACUGACGUUAGUAUUAAACAAACUAAUUUUUAUCAGGGAUCAAUCAUGUCAAAUGAGCAGAAAAUUAGAAUUGAAAAUGAAAUUAUCAACUUAAAGAAUGAAUACAACGAUCGAAAAUCUACGUUAGAUGCAUUGUCAAACCAGAAAAGUGGUUAUAGGCACGAAUUAUCUGAGUUGGCGUCAAAAAACGACGAUAUUAAUAGGGAAGCUCAUCAAUUAAAUGAGAUUCGCAAGAAGUACACUAUGAGAAAAAGUACAAUAGAGACUUUAAGAGAGAAAUUAGAUCAACUGAAACGUGAAGCUAGAAAGGACGUAUCUCAAAAGAUUAAAGAUAUUGAUGAUCAGAUCCAACAACUAUUACUCAAGCAAAGACAUUUGCUGUCUAAAAUGGCCUCUUCAAUGAAGAGUUUAAAGAAUUGUCAGAAGGAGUUAAUAAGUACUCAAAUCCUUCAAUUUGAAGCCCAAAAUAUGGAUGUUUCUAUGAAUGACGUAAUUGGUUUUUUCAAUGAGAGGGAAGCUGAUUUGAAGAGCCAAUAUGAAGACAAGAAAAAGUUCGUAAAAGAAAUGAGAGACACUCCUGAAUUUCAAUCAUGGAUGAGAGAAAUCAGGUCUUAUGACCAAGACACUAAGGAAAAAUUGAAUAAAGUGGCAGAAAAAUACGAGGAGGAAGGGAAUUUCAAUCUGUCAUUCGUUCAGGAUGUUCUCGAUAAAUUAGAAUCGGAGAUAGCUAUGGUAAACCACGACGAGUCAGCCGUAACAAUUUUGGAUCAAGUCACAGCCGAACUGAGAGAGUUGGAGCACACGGUUCCUCAGCAGUCGAAAGACUUGGAGACCAUUAAAGCUAAAUUAAAAGAAGAUCACGCAGUUUUGGAGCCCAAAUUAGAUGAUAUUGUAUCAAAAAUCUCUGCAAGAUUUGCGCGCUUAUUCAACAAUGUUGGGAGUGCUGGUGCGGUUCGUCUAGAAAAGCCGAAGGACUAUGCUGAAUGGAAGAUAGAAAUCAUGGUAAAAUUCAGAGAUAAUGCACCUUUAAAAAAGUUAGAUUCCCACACGCAAUCAGGUGGUGAAAGAGCUGUUUCUACAGUUCUUUACAUGAUUGCUUUGCAAGAGUUUACCUCUGCACCAUUUAGAGUGGUUGAUGAAAUCAAUCAAGGUAUGGACUCUAGAAAUGAAAGGAUCGUUCAUAAAGCUAUGGUGGAGAACGCGUGUGCCGAAAACACUUCUCAAUAUUUUUUAAUCACUCCAAAAUUAUUGACUGGCUUGCAUUAUCAUGAAAAGAUGAGAAUACACUGUGUCAUGGCUGGUUCUUGGAUUCCAAACCCUUCUGAGGAUCCGAAGAUGAUACAUUUCGGUGAAACUUCUAACUACUCAUUCGAUUAA